UCCACCAUGGUUUUGCUGGGUGACGUAUGUUUUAUAUGUAUACUUAUUUAGCUGAAGAAUUGGUAUCACUCUCAGUGUGGUGUACUGUAGUAAUCAUGAAGCUCAUUACUGCCGUCUGUUAGCUGUGUUUUUUGUCCCGGGCAGGGCGCGGAGGAGGGUGUGGUCACUCACUGGUGCAGCUGUCUGAUUGGUGUUUCGAGACUUUUGGGUAAAAGGCCCGGAUGAAAUUGCGGCCUAUCUUUUUAGGUUAAUAACGCAACUCUGAAGACCCGUAUGUGCGCUCAUGAUUCAUGAAUUUUAUAGUUACUAAUUAAUUCAUUGAAGUUUCUGAAUAAUGAUCUUAAGACUGAAAACUGAAUAAUAAGCCCACAAUUUAAAGAGUUAAUGACUGAUGUUGCCUGUUUAUUAUUUGAGUUAUUGUGCGUUUAAUUUGAUAAACUGAGCUUAUGCCCAUGACUUUGAACUUGAAUCACCUUUAUGCCACACGUCUUCGUUCAGUCGGAUAGAGCAGAGUCACUGUAUAAUUUUCUUUCACUCAACACAAAUUAAAGUUAAUUUGUUUAUGGAACAAAAUAGAAACAUUUCAAUGCGAAGUAUCUGGGUAUAAUUGAAAUGGAAUUCUCUUUGGAUUAAAAUAAACAGUUUUUAGUCAUUGAAAUGUACUUUCAUUACAUUUUGUCCAUUUUACGUAAACCAGUAACUUAAGACAACACAAUUCAUUUAUUUUAUGGCGAGAUAUUUUAGUUUGUAAGUCCAACAGACUUAUUCGUGCAUUUUUGAGUGUCUGUGGCUCAGAGUAUAACGGCUCAACGAUCUGUUGUUUCAUAAUUAACUGUCAAAACUACAGAAGGUUCUCUCUGUUUUACAGCUAAACGCGUCAAAGUUAUUUUAUUACAUUGUAUUAUAUAUAAAAUCCCCUGUCAUUUCUGUCUGGACUAAAGUCAGACUUAUUGCAGCUUCUCUGUGUUUAUCUCUCUCACACAGACACACACGCACGCACAGUCAGACGCUCUAUCUGCUCUAUCACACUCCCCGUCACGUGAGCUUGCAAAUAAAAACAUUAGUCUGCUCUGUGGAGCUCAUCAGAAAUAAGUAAGGAGUAAUUGGGCGUGGCUUUUAUCUCCUUUGAUAGGUUCGCAUUUAUUAGAGCCAAUAAAUGAAAUGUGUGAUUUAUAAAUCUGUUACAAAUCAGAUCAGCCAAUAGAACUGCUUUAACAUGGGUAACUGCUUCUUACUAUAUUUAAUUAUAACCAGCUGGUGUGAUUGAGGCAUAUCUGCUCUCAAAUAUAAUGAAAUCACUGUUUUAUGACGUUUUAUUCUACAUUUAGAAGUUCUCUAUCUAUUCUAUCUAUCUAUUCGAUCAUAAAUAAUCAAGUGAUUGAAAACUGGUGUAAAACCUGUUAUGGCUAACUUAUACACGUUGGCCUAAUUCUGUGGAAUGUUUUAUCUCACAUCACACAUUUUUAACAUAAUGUAUGUAAUAAAAUGUAACAAAUGUAUUUAAAGUGGAGACUACGUUCAUUUUGUAUUUUUGAGUCUUGUGGAGAUGUUACAUUCGCUUGAGUAGGAUAUGCUUAUAUUGUGUAUAAUUGAAUUUUCCAUGAAAUGCGCUCAAAUUCAGCUCUGAAAAAGGGUGGAAAAAGGGGGGAAAACAUUCAGUAGGUUAACGUCAAAGCUCGACGGUUCCCUGGCAGAGGUUCAAUCUGGCACGUAAUUGGGGCUCCUAUCUUGGGUGUGCCAGCACGAAUACAGACGCAUAAAAAGAGAGCCGGUGGCAAAUACAGCAGGACAAACUCAUCCAAAAUGAGCCUCUCCGACAAGGACAAGAGUCUCGUCAAGGCCUUCUGGGCAAAGGUCGCCCCAAAGGCUGAAAUCAUUGGCCACGAUGCCCUGUACAGAAUGCUUUCGGUCUACCCUCAGACCAAAACUUACUUCUCCCACUGGCCGGACAUGAGCUCUGGUUCUGCCCCCGUGAAGAACCACGGAAAGAAGAUCAUGGGAGGACUCGCAGAGGCUGUGGCCAAAAUCGACGACCUCGUUGGUGGUCUGCUUACCCUUAGCGAGCUGCACGCCUUCCAGAUGAGAGUAGACCCUGCCAACUAUAAGAUCUUGGCCCACUGCAUCCUCGUGGUGCUGGCCGUCUAUUUCCCGGAUGACCUCACUCCUGAGGUCCACCUGGCCUUUGAGAAGUUCCUCGCCAAUGUGGCCCUGGCCAUGUCUGAUAAAUAUCGUUAAAUAUUUACACACCUUUUGGUAUGCAAUGGCGGGCUCAUUAGCUCAGACCUAGGCAUAACGUACCAAAAUAAAAGUGACCAAAUGUGGAGAAAUGUUAA